AUGACUCCACAAAAGUCAAAUGAAGAAAAAGUAACAUUUAUUUUAUUAUUUUCUCGAAAUCAACCAUCAUGUGAUAUACCAUAUUUAAUGGCACAUCAAGAAGAACGUGUCUGUCCGAUGUUGUUGACAGCAACAUUUUAUUUUAUGCGUGAUCUUGUUGAUUACAGAGCUAUUUCUUUUGAAAAUUCAGUUUAUAUUAUCGGAGGUCGCUACGCAUCAACAGGUCGUCUGUCAUGUGCUGUUUUUAAAUAUGAUGCUGAAAUUGACUUUUGGCGUACAUGUGAUUCAAUGCGAGCUCCACGUAUUUUUGAUUCCAAAAUAUAUGUACUCGGUGGAGAAGGUCUUAAAGGCGCAAUUAUACAAACAGUUGAAGCUUAUGAUCCAACAAUUGAUCGAUGGAAAGAAGUAGGCACAUUACCAAAACCAAGACGAAAUCAUGCAAGUUGUACAAUUAAUGGAAAACUAUGGUCAUGUGGUGGUGUUAGUUCAUUACUUGAAGCUCAAUCGACGAAUGAACUUGUUAUUGUUGAUCCACGUCCAAGUGAAUGGAAACGCUCAUUAACAGAUUUUACAUUACCGAAUCCACGUCAACAACAUUGUUUAGCGUUUGUCAACAAUAAUGUAUUUAUAUUUGGUGGAUGUGAAAAAAAUGGUGAAGAAGUUCAAAAUAUUCAUAAAAUUGCUCGUAUUAAUAAUCCAUCAUCAGAUAGUACACCAAUUUGGGAAGAACUUAGUAAUCGAUUGCACCAUCCACGUACAGACUGUGGUUAUUUUCAAUUAGGCACUUCAUUAUAUAUUGUUGGUGGUUAUAAUAGUGAAACAGGUCGUCCAACUAAAAUGAUGGAACGUAUUGAUUUAACUGAUAAUUCUCGAAUAAAAAUUGAUGAACAAUUUGAAAUUGAUAAAAAUUUAGGAUCUGUUGAUUGUUGUGUUGUACAAACAAACAAAUUUAAUGAACAUCUUUUACCUUUAGCUUCUUAUUUAGAUCAUUGGAUCAUUUGGUAA